AUGGGAGUUGUGGUCAGUGGUGAGAACGGCCGCCCAGGUAUUUUGAAAGACAAGAAGAGUAUUGUGGAUACCACCGCUGAAAAUGAUUAUGGCCUGGUCAUCGUAGCGUUUGACCAUGUUCUGCAUUUUAUUGGGUUUUGGUGGGUUAGGUCACUGAGCCGUCGUAUUCAAACUUUCAAAAGUUACACCCACGUGCCACUUAUUCGCUUGUUUCGGUCUGAAUGUCAAAGGAUUGGGUGGGCAGCUGAACUCUUUGCGGUUGAGAAAGCGUUCUCGAUAAUUCGUUACUCAACACGGGUCGUUUCGUUUAUAAUUUUUGAGCAAAUUCAUAUGUUUUGCAUUCUUCAAACUCUCCACCUCAUUCCCCACUCCGCUUUCCUCAGGCCCUCUAUGCUAUUGCCAUUUACCAAGUCCUCUCUGAUUCAGAGUCCAUCGUUUCCAUCUGAUUUCACCCUGACUUCAUUGGGACGUUUUGCAUCAGAACUUGCGGCAACUCCAUUUGCCUUCGCUUUUGCUUAUAUCCUGAUUCGGCCGUUCGUUGAAGACAGGAUUUAUCGAAUGAUUCGGAGACAUUUACCAAAACCAGAAAGGCCUGAUGCAAUCUCAAUCCAAGUUGCUAUGGACAAUGACCUUCUGGAAUGGACGCUGCCAACAGCUGGACGACAUACAGAAUAUGAAAUUCACCGAAGCAACCUAACUUUAUUUCAAGAUAUUAAAGAAGAGUUUUGGGUUUUACAAAAAUGGCUAUCUCGCAGGCUUGGCUAUAAAAAUGAUGGUCUUUCGGAUGACAGAAUAAGCGACAGUCUCAGUCAUAAUGAUCCCGAUACUAUUCGCGAAAAUACAAUUCAAGAUGUAACAGCUCGAAACCAUAUAGAUGACACGCCCAUUACACUCGGUAAUGUCGCACCUAGCCCUCAGUUGGAAGCUUCUUUCAUCUCAAACCAGGCUUUGACAAAUGGACAAUUCACUCAAUCACCAAGCGAGAUCAGUCCAAAUUCCCCUAACGAGACUCGUCCGACACAACACACGGAAACCGACGGACUUCUGCAACCUGAUGUACCAGGUGACUCCUGGAAUCCUGAUCCAGAUUCCCGGUCUGAUACACUGUUUUCGCGGCCGGCAAGUCCAGAGUCCCCUCUUGCUUCUCCCCGUAUCCGUGCUUCCUUGACUCAUCAAAAUUCUUUUACGACUACCAUGGAACUUUCGCUUCAAAGCAGUCGGAAUCCGAAUGUACAAGGAAACUCAGAUCCUAUCUCCGAAAACGAUCGUGGUGACACAGCGUUAAGCAACUGGCCAGAGCUCGGUGUUUUUGAAUUAGGCCCCAAUGAGGUGAAUCAGAAUAUACCUGAUGGUAUUCUAGAACAGCCCCCUGCUGUUAGCGAUGCCGGACGAUUAGACAUGUUAAAUUCAGCAGAGCCGGAUCUUAUGUGGGAAGUUCUUAAUGGGAGUACCGUCUUAGCGGACGUCGCACAGCCAGCGGUCCUACCACAUGUAGUGGAGGAGCCAAUGCCUAGUCCCAUGAACCCUACCGGCAUGGACCAAGUAUCAGAAGCUGGCACAGAACAGUCGGGUCUUAGACAACCUCACUCGCUACCCCCGAGAUCCCGUAGUCAGCACCACUCUGACCUAUAUAAGCAGCGAAUCACGGUUCUCUCUUCAUACCCUGCGGAUGCUAUUGCGCUUCACCUGGCGUCUGUGAUCAGCAGCGUCCUUUUUAUACCGUUCGAAUCAUUCUUUUACCGCUCUCUAGCUAGAGCUUAUCUGUCUUCACACACUGCUUUGCUAUAUGGCGCAACCAGCCUUGCUACACCAUCCGAUAUUCGCGUUCUCAAUGCAUUUGCGGGCGGUGGAAGUAGACGGGAUAUGGUUGCUUACAUGGGCAAGCUUGCUAUGAUACUCGGUAUUCAAGUUGGUGUCAGCGGCUCUAUUAUUGGUGUAUGCUCUGCAACCGCUAUUGGGAUUGGCAAGAGUUUGUUUGAUUGGGGGAGAUUGUAA